CCUCCUUCCGCCUUCUGGAACAAGGCAGAGAGAAGUGUGGCAGGGAGCCAGAUGACAAGUUUGGCCAAACAGCUGAAAGACUGCACAAAGAAACGCUCACGAUAAGGAGACAUCUGUGAUGAUGGGACAAUGAAAAAAAAAACACAUCCACUCUUCAUAGUCUAACAGUCCUCUUAUGCAGCCUCCAGCCUCAUGUGCAGGAGUAUGGCUCAAGUGUCUGCCCAUUCAGCUCUGAUAUAAUCGAUACAGAGGCUCACUUGAAUCUCCACAUCCAUGUGCAAUCAGCAGAAAACAAGCUGGAUGUUGCAUGGUGCCUGCAGCACAAGGAUUGCUGUGUCCUAUAUGGGUCUUACGAUUCAAAGCGGGGAGGGAGGGUGAGCAAGCUCCUCAGAAACGCUUCCCUUACGUUCAGUCUCCCACAUAGGUUGUUUUUGUACAAUAUCCAUGCAUGUAUAUGAUGGGGGGGGUGGGAUCUCUCAUUGUGCUGAACUCACGUUCACAGAAAAACAACUCUGAUGUCUGAAACGCCACCUGGUGGGCCUCUACACCGAGCUGCACUGUCACCUGUUGAGCGCUUUCAACAAACUGUUCAUAACUGCAAAGCAUCCAGUUUCAUUCUAAUGCUCCGUGAUCAUUAACGAGGUGCCACACCCCUUCAGUAACGUGGCGAUACAACAUCUACACCAUCGGAUGGUAUCUGACUAAAAUUGGGUGUCUGAUUAAAAUACAUUAUUUAAACCAAAUAAUAAGGAAUCGUAUUUCGUGCUACCUCAUGUAGUUUGAAAAUGAAUCAGUUACAGUCGCAUGAUUUAAUGUUUGAUUUCACAAGUUAUCACUCCAACUACAUAUUUCGUUUCCCGUACACAAAGUACAGCUGUGAUCGUGACAGUGUCAGCGCAACCUAACUGCAUUAUUGAUGUUUUGAUAAAAGAUGAAUGCUGCCCUCUAGAGGUCCCUUUUUGUAAUCACAUGUAUAUAUAUGAAAAACAACUAGUUAUCCUCAUGUUUAGAUCAUUUUUCGGAGUAAUUUUUGUAAUGAUUGGUGGCACUUGUGAUGAGAAUAUACAACACUUGCUAUGUUAAUAACUUAAUUGUCAUUUUGGCUUCACAUCAAUUAGCACAGCUCGACUGCUCUAUACGAUGAACUCUUAUUUUGAAAGCGUAACCGGGAAGUGCAUGUAAAGUUCCUCAAACGAGAGAAUAAGUAUCGCUCGCAGUCACAGAGGAACACUGUUUAAUGUCUCUCUGUCCGGACAAAUCUCUACUUUUGAAGACAGCAGCUCGCCCAACCUGAAGGCGGUGCUACGCCGUCAUCAAUAUGAAGGCCUUGGCUUUGAUUCUCCUGUUUCAGAUUUAUUAUCAGUGCUUGUGCCAAAAUGCAACCAGACCCAACAUUGUGAUGGUGAUGAGUGAUGCAUUUGAUGGGCGGUUGACCUUCGACCCUGGCAGCAGAGUUGUGCAGCUCCCAUAUGUAAACUACCUCAGGGAGCUUGGUACAGCAUUCCUCAACGCUUACACCAACUCACCCAUCUGCUGCCCCUCAAGAGCAGCGAUGUGGAGCGGUCUGUUCGUUCACCACACUCAGUCAUGGAACAACUAUAAGUGCCUCGAUGCUAAUGCGACAACAUGGAUGGAUUUGCUGGAGGCCAAUGGCUAUCUUACCAAGAUGAUGGGCAAGCUGGACUACACCUCAGGGAGUCACUCUGUCAGUAAUCGAGUUGAGGCCUGGACACGGGAUGUUCAGUUCCUCCUGCGCCAGGAGCCCAGGCCCGUUGUGCAACUUGUGGGGAACAUGUCAACAACGAGGAUCAUGAGAAAAGACUGGGAAAACAUAGACAAGGCUACAAAGUGGAUCCACCAGAGAGCCGCACACUCACACCAGCCCUUCGCUCUGUAUGUUGGCCUCAACCUACCUCACCCAUAUAGAACUGAAUCCAUGGGGCCCACAGCAGGAGGAUCCACCUUCCGUACCUCACCAUUCUGGCUGGGAAAGGUGUCUUCCGAGCUCAUCACUGUUCCUAAAUGGCUGCCUCUGGACUCCAUGCACCCUGUUGAUUACUACUCCACCUUCACCAAAAACUGCAGCAGCGCUUUCACUGAGGAGGAAGUCAGAGGCAUACGGGCCUUCUAUUAUGCCAUGUGUGCCGAAGCCGAUGCCAUGCUGGGCCGGGUGAUUUCAGCUCUGAGAGAGACUGGCCUGCUUAACAACACCGUUGUGAUCUUUACGGCUGACCACGGAGAGCUGGCCAUGGAGCACCGGCAGUUCUACAAGAUGUCAAUGUUCGAAGGCAGUUCCCAUGUUCCCCUGCUGGUCAUGGGACCUGGGCUGAGGUCUGGCCUGCAGGUCAAGCAGCUUGUGUCUUUGGUUGAUCUCUAUCCCACUGUGCUGGAGGUCGCUGGUAUUUCACCGGUGGGUGCUCUCAGUGGCCACUCGCUUUUUCCUUGGCUAUCCAAGGCCAGCACUUUUUCCAAAAAGGAACAUCCAAACUGGGUUCUUAGUGAAUAUCAUGGUUGCAAUGCCAAUGCCUCUACAUACAUGCUCAGAAGUGGCCGGUGGAAAUAUAUUGCCUAUGCAGAUGGCCUGACUGUCCCCCCACAGCUUUUUGACUUAACACUGGACAAGGAAGAACUUCAUAAUGUAGCUCCCAAAUUCCAAGAUGUGCGGGCGCAUCUGGACAAGCUUUUGCGCAGCAUUGUAGACUAUCCAAAGGUCUCUACAGCAGUCCACCUCUACAAUAAAAAAGCUUUUAUAGCGUGGCGGAAUGGUGUGGGGAGAAACUACAGCCAAAUCAUCGCUAACCUCAGGUGGCAUGUGGAUUGGCAAAAAAAUCCAUUAGCCAACGAGAAAGCUAUUGACAAGUGGCUCAAUGGCUCUUUUUGAUAUUUUUUAUGGUUGUAAUGAUGGCAAACUUUAAGGUGUGUAUCCUUUAAUGAGCUGGACUCAAAUUCAAGCUUGGACUGUUACGCAUUAAUAAUACAAGAACCAUUGAUGGGUGGCUCUGCAGCUCUUAAUGAUAUUUAAACUGUAACAGCCAUAGAGAUGGAUAAACUCAGAAUCGUUUUUUAAACUCACACUCUGAGAUCAUCAGUGAAAGAUUCUUCAUUUACCUUCAUACAUGACAAAAAAAAAGCAGCAAGGUUUUGUAAUUUUUACAUUUUUGCUGAAAAAUGACUGUAAAGAUUAAUCAAUCAUUUACAUUGUUGAGAAAUAAUUUUUUGAUUGACUUUAUUCCACAGAGACUUUGAGCAAGAAUUGUAACUUGACCAUGAUGUAUAUUCGGUUAUACAUCUCUUCAUUCAUUUUUUUCAAUUAAAUAAAUAUAUAUUUUGCUACAUUCUG